AUGGUAUUAGAUCAUCCAAUUUCUUAUAAGAAGCUAAGCCAUGCUAAUUCUAAUGUAGGUAACUUCCAAAUCUUCGAUCUAAGGUCAAGCACACUUAUCACGUUGGCAAAUUCAGGUACCUCUUUCUAUAGGAUGGACCUCCUUCUCUUCUGUGCUUUGUUCGGAUUCUCCUGGGCGGCUAAGACCAGUCCAGAGGUCAGCACCUCUUUGGGUCGACUGAAGGGAGCCGUCUUGGAGUCGAGAAACGGAAGGGAGUACUUGGCAUUCACUAAAGUGCCCUUCGCCAAACCGCCCCUCGGUGAACUCAGGUUCAAGGAUCCAGUAAGUCCAGAACCUUGGAGUGGUAUUCUGGACGCAUCCAAACCUCAUCCACCAUGCUACCAAAUACUCAGUAAUCUACCUAUGGGUGCUGAGGAUUGCCUUUACCUCAAUGUCUACACUCCUAAGACUAGUGGAUCACUUCCUGUCAUGAUCUACUUCUUUGGAGGAGGCUGGAGGAUGGGAAUGCCUGGUCCUUCCACGGGAGCUAAAUACUUCAUGGAUGAAGAUGUUGUGUUAGUUACCAUCAACUACCGCCUUGGAGCUUUAGGUUUCUUGAGCACAGAAGAUGAAAAAAUCCCAGGUAAUAUGGGAUUGAAAGAUAUGGUUGCAGCUGUUGAAUGGAUCAAAAAUGAAAUAAGCAAUUUUGGUGGCAACCCAAAUCAGAUAACUGCUUUUGGUCUAAGCGCUGGUGCAGCUUCUGCUCAUUAUCUCUGUGCUUUGCCACGAUCUAGAGCUUUACUAAAAGGCUGUAUCUCUCAGAGCGGUGUUGGAGGUAGUCACUGGUCUCUUCAGAAGCCAGGUAAUGCUAAGAGAUCUGCUCUCACGGUUGCCAAAGCUGUUGGAUGUAAUUCAGAAGAUAUUCCGACUUGCCUUCAAUCAAAGACUAUUGAGGAAAUCACUAAAGCACAAGAUAAAUUGAGGUUUUGGGUUGAGGAACCACUAAUAAUAUAUGGACCUGUAUUAGAACCUAAACUUAAUGGUUCCUUGUUGACCGAAUGGCCCGUGACAGAUAGUAAUUUCCCUUGGCUUACUGGUGUUAGCAGCCGAGAGGGAUUGUUCAAAUCACUAGCUUUAACUCAUCUUAAGGAUAAACCAAUCAUGGCAGAAUUUCUGGAGAAAAAAGAUGAAUACCUUAGGAGAAUGCUCAAUCUUCCAGAGAAUAAUAAAAAUGCUGUCAGCAAAAUAUUUGAAAAGUUCUUUCCUGAUAAUGAUGUUGAACAAGGAAUAGAAAAGCUAUACACCGAAGGCUACUUUGUAUAUCCUGCACUUUAUGAGCUCAAGAAACACAAGGGUCCAAAAUAUUUCUAUGUCUUUAACGCUACUGGAGCUCCUUCUAUAUGGGAAUCAUUAUUGAGGAGGAAGAUAGAUACCACCUCAGGAGUUGCUCAUGGUGAUGAUCUUGUGUUCUUUUUUGAUUUGAGCUACAUCCCAGGAAUCGGUAAAUCUGUUAAGUCACAACCAGAAAAUGUUCAGAUAUCUCAAAAGUUGAUCAGGCUCUGGGUUAACUUUGCUAAACAUCAAAAACCAACUGCUGAAGGAGAACAACCAGUAUGGCCAGAAUUCGACAACAGUGGUAAAUAUUUGUACAUAUCAACAGAAAAUAUAAUAGAGAAAGAACUCACUAAUACUGAUGAAGUUCUUAGAUUUUGGGAUGACAUUUUCAAAACUACUGACAAAGAUAAUAGCCUGAGCGGAUCAGAUGAAUUAUAA